AUGUCAGCUUCUGAAGCAUGCAAAAAGUCUCUUGUUACCUUGGAGUCAUACCUUAGAGACGAACAUACUAAUUCAGAAACUUUGAAAUUUUCUGCUAACAGCGUACUUACAGUUGAUGGAAAGAAACCAAGUCCACUAGAGGAAGUCGAAAUUUUGGAUACCAUAGCUACGUACAUAAUGCUGAAAAACGAAGAGGAUGUGAAGUAUCGCUUGUUCUUCGAAGUCUUUCCUGCUGAUAAGGAUAUUAGCACUGACUGUUUGUACUUCCUAAUAAAAUUAUCAUCGUUAGCCAUUUGCCUUGGGCUAUCCCCAGUACUCGAAAUUGUUUCUUUGUGGCUAAAGGUCCGAGUUUGCCAACUUUAUGCGUCCUCAGCACUACAGUCAGCUAAUUAUUUACCUUACAUUUCGUAUGAAAUUAUUGAGGAGUUCGUUAUAGCGCUUACCUCCGAUAUGCUCAGUAUACAGGGAUCUCCAUUAACUUCGAAUCCAACAUUGUCGAAAAACGAUAUUAUCCAGAGUGGAGAUCCAAACAAAGACAACCCAUUAUACACUAUCCCAUCAGUAUCACCUGCAUUCGCAGACGCAUUUUUGUCUGGAGUUACUUUGGUUUAUGGGUUCUAUCCUUCCCUAAAAUCAUCCGUUUGCAAUUUUCCUGUAACGCACGAAGCAACCAAAAUUCCUCCUCCGCAGAUUAUUUUAUAUUUUGAUGUUUCAACCACCUCCCCACUUUGCCUAAUAUGGUGGACUAUUUUUGAACCACUAAGACAUAUAAUGCGUUACUCCUGCAAAUCGAAACAAGAUGACAGUGGCAAGUUGAUAUCCAGCUGUAUCUCAGAUCUACAUUAUGAACUUCUGCAGUGUUUGUCAGAACCUGCCAGUCUUGCUUCCCACCGUCAUGGCAGUGGAGUUCCCGGACAGUCUGGAUUUUCAACUUGGCUUCUUACAUGUUCGCGAAAGAUGGAGUAUACAAAAGAAUUUCACUAUAUGGAAUCAAUGAUUACUCAAGUUCAUGAACAGUGUAACUUGAUUAGUUCGCUACCGAAACAUGAAUCGUCAGGGGAUAAACAAAUUGACCUUUUAGAACUAAUGAUCAUUCGAUUAGCAGAAUUUAUGCAAAUUUGUUGGGUUACUGGACGGAUACGCAAUUUAAGUUCAGAUGAAUUUUACAAACUUCUUGCUCCAUUAGGAUGUCAUAGUUGGAUCGAUCUUAUUCUUACACGUUUCAAAAGAUAA